UGGUUAAUACAAGAGUGACUCAUUGAUCCAAUACACCCGAAAUUAAUUUGGCAAUAACUUUAGCCUACUUGGUCGCACGUUUUUGCCGUUUGUACCAUUGGAAAGCCCGAAAAAUUCUCAAUCCAAUGAAGUAAAAACCAUUGUUUUAGGAUAUCUAGUAGCCGAGUAAAACAAAAAAAUUACUUAGCGAUUCAUUUGUCCAAAAAAUAAUUAACACAUGGAAGGAAUAAGUUUGACCCACAUGGUCGCACGUUUUCACCGUCUAUACCAAUGGAAAGCCCGGAAAAUUCUCUAUCAAAUGAAGUAAAACUCAUUGCUUUGUGAUGUCUAGUAGCCGAGUCAGGCAAAAAAUUGCUUAGCAACGUAUUAACCAAAAACAGAUUUUUAAGCUUGGAAAAUGGCAAUAAAUUUGGACCACGUAAUUGUAGAGUCUUGCAGUUUAUACCAUUGGAAAGCUUGGGAAAUUGUCUAUCAAGUGAAGUAAAAGUCAUUGUUUUAUGAUGUUUAAUUGCCGAGUCAGGGAAAAAUUGCGUAGUGACUCAUUGAUCUAAAAAUAAAUUUCUACAUAAGACAGGAAUUUUAGCAAUAACUUUGGUCCAGAUAAUCGUAGACUUUUCGCGUUUAGACCACUGGAAAGCCCAGGAAAUUCUCUACCAGAUGCCAUAAAAAUGAUUGUUUUUUGAUAAUUAAUUACCAAGUCAAGUGAAAAAUUACCUAGUAAUUCACAGAUCCAGAAAAUGAUUUUUGCACCCGAAUGGCACAUUAAUAACUUUGGACCAGUUGGUCGUAGACUCUUCAGGUUUGAACAACUGGAAAGCUUUGUAAAUUCUCUACAAAACUUCCAAAAAUCGUGGUGUUGCAAUGUUUCGUUCUUACAAAAUUGCAUUUUCUUUAAUUUACGUCACACUUAACCUUUCGUUCGCUUUAUAAAUGGAAAACAAAUACGUCAACAAAUAUACUGAAAAUUUGCAUUUCCUGCAUUACACUUGAAUUAUUCUGACCCUGAACCUGACUGUAAUUCAAUCACCUGCAAAUCGAAAAGCUAUAUAAAGCAAAAUGACUCCAAUUGUCCGGUUUAAUCAAUCGUGAUGAAUCGGUACGACUUUGAGUAUGGAAAGUGGUUGUCGAGUGCACCACCCGACGAACAAGUCGUGAUUUCAGGAAUUUCGGGUAAAUUCCCCAAAUGUGAAAAUGUGACGGAAUUUUUGGAAAAUUUAGAAGAGAAAAAGGACAUGUUGACCGAAUCGAAGGAACGCUUCAAGGUCGAUCAUCCAGAAUUGCCACUCAAAGCCGGCCUUCUUCAGGGCAUUGACAAAUUCGAUGCGGGAUUUUUCGGAAUACACCAUCGCCAGAUCCAGACGCUUUAUCUGGGUUUGAGGAAACUCCUGGAAAUCACGACUGAAGCAAUCAUGGACGCUGGAAUUCAUCCAGAGGAGUUGAAAGGGAGCAAAACGGGAGUUUUUGUUGGUUAUUCCUGGAACGACUCUGAAGUUGAAGUUCUUGCCAAAGUAACCGAACCACAACAGUUUGCCAUGACUGGUUUGCUACGAAGUAUGGUGGCACAUCGUCUCAGUUAUUUUUUCAAACUGAAGGGCCCAAGCCACAUUUGUGAAACGGCGUGUAGUAGCAGUCUAGUGGCCCUUGACCACGCCCUUAAGGCCCUAAGGAGCGACCAAUGCGAAAAUGCCAUCGUUGCCACGUGUCAUCUGACCUUUCAUCCUGCCGUCACGGUGCAAUUUUUCCGCUUGGGUGUUUUAAGCCCUGACAGCAAAUGCAAAGUUUUCGACCAAGAAGCCAACGGUUACGUCCGUUCCGAAGCAAUGAGUUGUCUAUUUUUGCAAAAAUCGAAAAACGCGCGCCGAAUUUACGCAAAAAUCCUCCACUCCAAAGAAAACAGCGAUGGUUUCAAAUCAGGGGGAAUCACCUUCCCUUCAUCCCCCAUCCAAGGCCAACUCCUCAAAGAGAUGUACGCCGAAAGUGGGAUUAAUCCCAACGAAUUGAGCUAUUUCGAAGCUCAUGGAACCGCAACUCGUGUCGGAGACGUGGAAGAAGUGAACGCAAUUGACACAAUCCUUGCACAGAACCGUACCGAACCGCUCUACAUCGGUUCGGUUAAAUCAAACAUCGGGCAUUCGGAGCCCGGUUCUGGACUCUCCUCCCUCAUCAAGGUUAUUUUAUGCAUGCACUCGGGUUACUUGCUACCUAAUAUCAACUAUAACCGAGUCAAGCAAAACAUAACCGGAAUUGUGGAUGGCCGGUUAAAGGUUGUAACCGAAAAAACGCCCCUCCACAGUCCGAACGCUAUUGCUGGAGUUAGCAGUUUUGGAUUUGGUGGAAGUAACUGUCACGUGAUUGUACAGAGAUGGGGGGAGGAUGUGGCACAGACAGAUGGCAUGCCACGAUUGGUUUGUGUGAGUGGAAGGACGGAAAUGGCAGUUUGGGGGUUUUUGAACGAACUCAAAAGCAAACAUUUUGAUGUUGAAUUUGUGGCACUUGUUCAUCAUGUUUUCAAACACGAAUUCUCGGAACAUCCGUUCCGAGGAUUCGUUGUUUUAGGCGAAAAGGGGCCUCUGAGUGAAUCAGUACGGCCCUGCCCACUUGAAAAAGUACCACUGUUUGUUAAAUUCGGACCAAUGGAUAAGUCGUACCAAACUGUGGGGCGGUACUUCUUAAAAUUUCCGGUCUUUGAACAGACGAUUCGAAGAAUCGGUACUCUUCUGGGCAAUGACCAAAUCAUCGAAACACUAAAAGGAUACAAAAACCAGGUUAAAGACCCAACUUUACUAUCUUCCUACGUCCAGUUAGGAAUUAUAGACGUACUAAAAGUACUAAAAAUUGAUGCCAAAUUGAUUUUGGAUGGCUCUAAAGCAAAACUCAUAUCACAGUACUACCAAAACUCGUCCCUUGAGACAAUCCUUGAGCGGAUUAAAUCUCAGGAAACGUCAAACGGUUUCGAGAGACUUGACGUAGUACCAAAACAUUCACUCGUGUGUGAUUUCACAGAUUCUGGCCCUUUUGGUACUAACCCUGAGCAGUUUUUGGAGUUUUUGGGCCGAUUGUACCUAAACAAUUACAACCCCCAAAUAUGGCAAUUAUACCCCCAGGUAAAGUUCCCCGUCCGGCGUACUACUCCAUUUUUGUCGCCUUUGAUCAAAUGGAACCAUGAGACCAAAUGGCCGAUUCCAGAAUGUAAAAUUCAAGCCGAAAAAUUAACAGUUUCAGUGGUAUUUAACUUGGAGGAAGAAGCCGAUAAGUAUAUAGAAGGACACGUAAUUGAUGGUCGAAAUUUAUUCCCCGCCACUGGUUAUUUGUACCUAAUUUGGGUGAUUUACGCUGAAAAUCAUCUAACACGUUCAGCCAAACUUGCCCCGGUUGUUUUCACAAAUUGUAAAUUUAUUCGAGCAACGAUAGUACCAAAAAUUGGGUUUUUGAACCUUGUGGUUUCCAUACAACGUGAAAGUGGGUUUUUCGAAAUAAUGGAGAAUGAUACCAUUGUGGUAACGGGACGAAUUCAAGCUCCACAAGACUUGAAACCGUUUAAAAGUACCUUUAAAGUUGUGGAAAACCAAUCAGAGGUGGUACUUGAUCAGUACGAUAUCUACAAAGAGUUACAUUUGAGAGGUUACGACUACACAGGGUUGUUCAAAAACCUAGUCAAGUGUAACACUGAGGCGACUUGUGGAGUACUCAAAUGGGACAAUAACUGGGUUGCGUUCAUGGACACAAUGUUACAAAUUAAAAUCCUCCAAAUGGACACGAGAGAUCUUUACGUUCCUGUUGGUAUUAAUAAACUUGUAAUUGACCCAAUUGAACACUUGCGAAUUAUUGAUCAAGUGGGCCAAGUGGUACCAAUCAACGCCUACAAGAACAAUAACUUGAUUAAAUCAGGCGGGAUUGAAAUUUCAGGACUUUAUGCUAGUCCUAUUUCAAAACGCAAACAAAUUCUAGAACCGGUACUCGAAAAGUAUGUUUUUGUCCCAAAUAGUGGUACCAUGGACUUGAGUACCAUAACACGUGUAAAUACUCAAAUUAUUCUCGAAAAUACGAUGGAGGAACUGUUCAAAGCGGUCGAAAUCGUUGAUGAGGUGGUACCUGAAACCCUUCUAAUGCCUUUGAUUUACAACGCAUUAGAGGACGUACCAGUGGUGCACCCCAACUUGAUCAUUUCCACAAAACAUGUCUUGGAAGAAGUACCAGGUGUAAAAAUCGAAAAUUAUAGUCUAACAAACGAAAGUAACUUAUCCCUGAUUGUGGGUACCAAAAUCCUGUCACGUUCAACGGUACUACAAAAGGUUUUAACCAGUUUGAGCAAAACUGGCUAUAUUUUAAGCCGCGAAGAUGUGAAUUUUAGUCCAAUUACGAAUGUAGUCACUGUCACGACUUAUAGUACCACUAGCGGCGAAAAAUUGGUACUUUGUAAGAAACUAGAACCUGUUAAGAGUCACAAUUUUGUAAAGAUUAGCUCGGAUAAUUUCAAUUGGGUCCAAGAAAUACAAAAGUUACCACAUGAUAAUUUGGUACUUUAUAGUGAGUACCCUUGUGACGGUACUUUAGGUUUGAUCAAUUGUUUGAGACGCGAGCCUGGAGGUGGUCGCAUCAUUUGUGUCUUUAUGAUGGACAAAGCUCCAGUUUUUGAUUCACUAGACCCAAUUUAUAGCCAACAAAUUGCCAAAAAUUUAGCUGUCAGUGUUUAUAAAAAUGGUACUUGGGGGACGUACCGACAUUUACGCCUUGAGGAUUCACUGGAGGUUUUGAGGGAACAUUCCUUUGUGACGUGUGGUUCCAGAGGUGACUUAUCAACACUCAGAUGGGUCCAAGGACCUUUAACUGUGAAUAGUGACCUAGAUUUGGUCAUUAGUAACUAUUGUGCCAUCAAUUUCAAAGAUAUUAUGACUGCUUCAGCUAGGAUUACUGUAACUCUUGAUCGGAUCAAUCAGGAAAAUAUCGAAGGUAUUGAGUUUAGUGGGCGCAAAAAUAGUCAAAAUGUGAUGGGGAUUAUUUCAAAUGGGGCCCUGUCGACUUUAAUUGCUUCCGAUCCAAAUUUGACUUGGGUGGUACCACCUCACUGGUCUUUAGAAGAUGCAGCAACAGUUCCGGUGGUUUACGCAACUGUGAUUUAUGCGCUUUUAAUGCGUUCGAGUUUGAAUGCUGGUACUUCAAUUCUGAUCCAUUCUGGUACUGGUGGUGUAGGUCUGGCGGCCAUUAAUGUGGCACUUGCCCACAAAUGCACCGUUUUUGUGACUGUUGGUACCAAAGAAAAACGUGAUUUUCUCAAGAAAAACUUUCCGGAAAUUAAUGAGAGGCAUAUUGGAAAUUCCAGAGACGUUUCUUUCAAAGAAAUGAUUUUGAAAGAAACUCGAGGUCGUGGCGUUGAUGUUGUUUUGAAUUCUUUAUCUGAAGAGAAAUUGAAAACUUCGGUCCAGUGUUUGGCACGAGGUGGCAAAUUUAUGGAAAUUGGCAAAUUUGAUUUAGUUAAUAAUAAUUCGCUUCAACUUUUAUUGUUGGAGAAGGAGGCAAGUUAUCAUGGGAUUAUGUUGGAUACUUUGUUUAAGGAAACUAAAGAGCGGAAAACUGGGCUUUGGUUAAAAGUUGAUGAAGGGUUAAAAAAGGGUUACAUUAAACCGUUGCCAAGAACGGUUUUUGAAAGUAAUAAAGUUGAGACUGCCUUCAGGUAUAUGAUGAGUGGUACUCACAUUGGUAAGGUUUUAUUAAAAGUACGAGACGAAAGUACCGAUAAACCAAAGCUCAUAAAAGCAUACCCAAAGUUUUAUUGUGAUCCCAAGAAAUGUUAUAUCGUAAUUGGUGGUUUGGGCGGUUUUGGGUUAGAAUUAACCGAUUGGUUGGUCUUGAGAGGAGCUCGAAACCUCGUCUUAACUUCAAGAACUGGCGUCCAAACCGGUUAUCAAACGCAACGAAUCAAGAUCUGGCAAUCAUACGGCGCUCGAGUCAACAUUUCCACAAUCACCAUUUCGUCAAAAGACGAUUGCGUCAAAUUGAUUCAAGAAGCCACAAAGUUGGCUCCAGUUGACGCAAUUUUCAACCUCGCUGUUGUCCUAAAGGACGAAUUAUUCGAAAACCAAACCGAAGAAAAUUUCCGGAUUUCUCUCACACCGAAAGCUUUCGCCACCAAAUAUCUGGACCAAGUCUCGAGAGAUUUGUGUCCGAAUUUGCGAUUUUUCGUCGUGUUUUCGUCCGUUUCCUGCGGACGUGGAAACAUAGGACAGAGCAAUUAUGGCAUGGCCAACUCGAUCAUGGAGCGAGUUUGCGAAAAAAGAAAAAGUGAAGGGUUUCCAGCCUUGGCCAUCCAAUGGGGAGCAAUUGGAGACGUCGGCCUUGUUGCCAAAAUGCAAAAAGACAACAAGGAACUAGUGAUUGGAGGAACUCUCCAACAGAAAAUCUCCAGCUGUCUUAACGUCAUGGACCGUUUCCUAAACCAAGACAAUCCAGUGGUUUCGUCAAUGGUUGUGGCAGAAAAACGCGAUAAGAGACUCGGGAGUGGCAGUGCGGUCGAUGUUGUGGCCACAAUUUUAGGAAUCAAAGACUUGAAAACCAUCAGUCACCACUCGACUUUGGCCGAACUCGGAAUGGACUCAAUGAUGAGUACCGAAGUUAUGCAAAUCCUCGAAAAAGAUUUCGAAAUUUUUAUCUCGGCCAAAGAAAUCCGAAACUUAACUUUCACAAGAUUGAAAGAAAUGGGCAAAAAUUCGCCAAACCAAGACCAAAACAAGCAGAAAUUGUCCCAAGGAACCAAAACCCUAAUCAAAUUUAUUCCAGAGAAUUGUGACGAAACUCUUGUUACCAUCCCAAGUUUAGGUACCACCACGUCCAAGUCACUAAUUUUCGUAUUCCCAGGGAUUGAAGGAGUGUUAAAAUUGCUCGAUCCCUUGACCACUAACUUAAAAUCGCGACUUUUGGGAGUUCAGUACUCUUACAAAAAUCCCGAAAGUACCAUUCGGGAAACAGCGAUUAAAAUUCUACCACUGAUUGAACGUCAAUUAACUGCGAAAAACUUCAAUUUUGUUGGUUAUUCGUUCGGUGCCUUGGUAGCACUAGAACUAGCCCAACUACUUGAAGAAAAAGGUUUUGUUGGUAAAAUAGUGGCACUUGAUGGCUCCCCUCACUACACCAAACAAUCAAUUCAACAUUAUGCACCUGGAGAAAGCGAAGCUGAAACCGAAACUAUGCUACUUUACAAUAUUUUAGGCACGGUACUACCACUUGACUUGCUCGAAAAAUCCAAAACUGAUUUAAUAAAGUGUUCAAAUUUUGACGAACGUAUUAAUAGAGCCGUUUCGUUGAUUCCUGAAGAUUUAGCAGAAAAACAUAAAUUGGAAAAACAAGCUGCUGUCACACUUCAUCAAAGGUUUAAAGCGGUUCGUUGUUACACUUUUGGUGGCGAAAAAAUCAAAUCUUUCGUCAAAUUGUACAAAGCUGAAGUACCAUUAGUUGGUGGUAUGGAUGAUGAUUACAAGUUGGCACAACUGUGUGACAACAAAGUCGAAGUUAUGACAGUUGGAGGUGACCAUACGACAAUGCUGGAACAAGGCGAACUCGCAAAUGACUUGAAUAAAAUUUUUGAAGAGUAA